CCACGGCGCCCCCUUCUUGGACUCCCGCUGCCGCGGCUCCAAUGGGCCGGCAGCAGCUUCCUCUUCCAUUCACUCAGGCGGGGAGGGAAGAGGGACAGCAAAACUCUAAAAAUAACUCUCAGCACCUAAAAAAAAGCAAAGCUUAGCUGCCCAGCCCCUCCGCCGCUCGCUCCCUCCCUCCGCCCCCCUUCUGGGGCACGUCUGCUUCUCACAACACCGAGGCACAUGGUUCCAGCCAGGCACCGAACCCCACCAGGUCAGAGAGGAAAUCCACAUCUGUGGGACGCUCGGCGCGGAAACACCUCCAGCGAGGGAGGCCGGGGAACUGCAGCCCCGAGAUGAAGGGCUAGACCGGGGCAGCGCUGCUCAUGCGACGGCCGGGAGCGCCUGCGAGCCGGACCUGGUGGAGGAUGCUGCGGCAGGUGCUCCGCAGCGGGCUCCAGGCGUUCUGCCGCACGCUGGGCUUGUGCGUGAGCCGGCACCCGGUCUUCUUCCUCACCGUGCCCGCAGUCCUGACCGUCACCUUCGGCCUCAGCGCGCUCAACCGCUUCCAGCCCGAGGGCGACCUGGAGCGCCUGGUCGCUCCCAGCCACAGCCUGGCCAAGAUCGAGCGCAGCCUGGCCAGCAGUCUUUUCCCCCUGGACCAGUCCAAAAGCCAGCUCUAUUCGGACUUACACACCCCUGGGAGGUAUGGCAGGGUGAUCCUCCUCUCCCCACCCGGGGACAAUAUUUUGCUCCAGGCUGAGGGGAUCCUGCAGACCCACCGAGCGGUGCUGGAAAUGAAGGAUGGUAGGAACAGUUUUAUUGGACACCAGCUGGGCGGGGUAGUGGAAGUACCCAACAGCAAGGACCAGCGGAUCAAGUCAGCCAGAGCCGUCCAACUCACCUACUACCUCCAGACCUAUGGCUCUGCCACCCAAGACCUCAUAGGGGAGAAGUGGGAAAACGAGUUCUGUAAGCUGAUGAGGAAGCUCCAGCAGGAGCACCACGGCCUCCAGCUCCACUCUUUAGCCUCCUUUAGCCUCUGGAGGGACUUUCAUAAGACCAGCAUCCUGGCCAGGAGCAAGGUCCUGGUGAGCCUUGUGCUGAUCCUGACCACAGCCACCCUCUCCAGCUCCAUGAAGGACUGUCUGCGCAGCAAGCCCUUCCUGGGCCUCCUGGGGGUGCUCACGGUGUGCAUCUCCAUCGUCACCGCCGCAGGGAUCUUCUUCAUCACGGAUGGGAAGUACAACUCCACCCUGCUGGGAAUCCCAUUCUUCGCCAUGGGUAACUAUCCAUCCUUGGGGGAAUCGGAUUCUUGCCAGUUUGGGGCAAGGUAG